AGAUCCAUCUGGCCUUAACCCAUUUUCCAGUUGUCGCUGUGUCUGUUGGUAUCCCGAUCCACUAGGAGUCACAAAAAGGAUUUUCAAGACGAGCUGCCGCCGUUUUGGAUAAUAUACCAUUUUCAGUCGGCUAUAUGAACACGGAAUGAGUACAUUUAUCCUGUGAAUGACAAUGAAACUAUGAGGUCUCCUAUUGUGGCGAAAGACUGAGCGAAGUAUGGCGCAGUUCCCAACCACAUUCACAGGACCAGAUGUGUUCACAAUCUCCGUGGAUGAGAGAGCCAAACAUGACCAGCAGUUCCACGGCCUCUCCCCCUCUGCUGGGGGCUUCAUCACAGGUGAUCAAGCUAGGAACUUUUUCCUUCAAUCAGGGUUAUCACCCCCAAUUUUGGCCCAGAUAUGGGCUCUGGCUGACAUGAACAGUGACGGCCGCAUGGACAUCCACGAGUUCUCCAUUGCUAUGAAGCUCAUUAAAUUGAAGCUCCAGGGUCACCCUCUGCCCUCAGCUCUUCCUCCUAGCAUGAAACAGCCUCUGCUGCCUUUACCCCCCCAGACCACCUUUGGGAUGCCCCCAAUGGCACCAAUCCCAACUCCCAUUCCAGCCCCUCUACCGCCUCUCCCUUUACCCCCUCUUCCUUUGGGAGUGUCCCCCCCUCUCGUCUCAACUGCACCCCCACCUCUUCCACAGCCCAUUGCAAAUGGCGCUCCCCCCACAGCCCUGAUGCCACCACUCUCAGGCUUUUCCCUCCCAGCUCCAACCUCAUUUAACCGCUCCAGCUCCAAGCUGCAGAAAGGCUCGUCGCUGGACACUGCUAGCCCUCAGCCCCCCACUGACUGGGCCGUUCCUCAGUCCUCUCGGCUAAAGUACAGGCAGCUUUUUAACUCUCAUGACAAGAUGAUGAGCGGACACCUUACAGGCCCACAGGCUCGUACCAUCCUGAUGCAGUCCAGUCUUCCUCAGGGUCAGCUGGCCACCAUAUGGAGCCUGUCAGACAUCGAUCAAGAUGGAAAGCUGACGGCCGAGGAGUUCAUCUUGGCCAUGCAUCUUAUAGAUAUGGCCAUGUCAGGCUUACCCCUGCCACCUGUGCUGCCGCCAGAAUACCUCCCCCCAACAUUCAGGCGGGUGCGGAGCGACAGUGUUCAGUCAGACCAAAAAAGCAUCCAGGAGGAGGUGGAGGACGAAUCAGAGAGUUGCCAGGAGAAGAAACUACCUGUGACCUUUGAAGAUAAGAAGAGAGAGAACUUUGAGCGAGGAAACCUGGAGCUGGAAAAGAGACGUCAGGCUCUGCAGGAGCAGCAAAGGAAAGAACAUGAGAGACUGGCAGCGCUGGAGAGAGAAGAGCAGGAGAGAAAGGAGCGCGAGCGUCUGGAGCAAGAAAGAAAGCGACUGCAAGAGCUGGAAAAACAGUUGGAGAAACAGAGGGAGCUGGAGAGGCAGAGAGAAGAGGAGAGACGUAGGGAGCUGGAGAGGAGAGAGGCUGCCAAACGUGAGCUGGAGCGCCAGCGGCAGCUGGAGUGGGAGCGCCAGCGCCGGCAGGAGCUCCUGACUCAAAGAAACCGGGAGCAGGAGAGCAUCGUGCUGCUCAAGGCCCGCAAGAAGACCCUGGAGUUUGAGCUGGAGGCUCUGAAUGAUAAGAAGAACCAGCUGGAGGGAAAAUUGAGAGACGUCCGUUUUCGUCUGUCUAAUCAGAGGAAAGAAGUGGAGCAGACCAACCAGACCAGAGAAACACGCAUUGCUGAAAUCACACAGUUGCAGCAACAGUUACAGGAAUCCCAGCAGUGGCUGGGGAGGCUGAUUCCUGACAAGCAGAGUCUGAACGAUCAGCUGAAGCAGGUUCAGCAGAGCAGUUUGCACAGCGACAGCCUGUCAUCCCUGCAGAAGGCUCUGGACCUGAAAGAGAUCAGCAGAAAGCAGCUGAGAGAGCAGCUGGACCUAGUGGAGAGAGAAACCAGAGCCAAACUGUUGGAGAUUGAUGCUUUCAACACGCAGCUGAAGGAGCUGCGAGAAAUCCACAGUCGGCAGCAGAGGCAGAAGCAGAGGGAUCUUGAGGGGGACACACACACUCAGACACACACACGCUCUCAGGUGCACACGCCGAGUGACAGGAAGUCUGCCGAGCUGCAAGACAGCGGAUCCACCUCAGAGGAUCCUGUCUGCCGGAGGGAUGACACUGCCCCUGCAGCUCCCAGCCCCACCUCUGCCUCACAUGCCUGGUUAAAAAGAGUCACUAAGGAAGAAGAACGAAAGAGGAGAGGCAUGGAGGAGGAGGCUGGGGGCAGGAAAGGAGCAGGGACUCUGGAAGGGAAGGAGGAGGAAGGCCAGGAAAAGGGGGAAAUGCAAGAUAAAUUCAACAAACUGUUCAACCAGCCAGCUGACCCGUGGGCCUCAGCGGUGGAGAAGGCGCAGGCUCCUAGCCUCUUUGAGCAGAAGGCGUCUGCUGCUGUCGUCGAGCAGCAGCAACCACAGCUAAAAGUGGUGUAUUACCGGGCGCUGUACCCCUUUGAUGCCCGGAGCCACGAUGAGAUCAGCAUUGUACCUGGAGACCUUAUCAUGGUGAAGGGGGAAUGGGUGGAUGAGUCCCAGACGGGAGAGCCCGGCUGGUUGGGCGGGGAGCUCAGAGGUCGGACCGGGUGGUUUCCAGCUAAUUAUGCAGAACGGAUUCCGGACAGUGAAGUCCCCAUCAGUCGGAUAUCCACCACUUCAGCUGAAUCCCAGCAGCCAAUAGCCACACCCCCUCCUGCUUCUGGACACGGCUCAUCAUCUACAUCCUCUAUUAACAGUAACUGGGCAGACUUUAGCACAAAUUGGCCGUCAAACACAGCCAGCCAAUCGGACUCUGAAGGAUGGGACGCAUGGCCAACCUCUUCAGCCAAUCAGAACCCAUCUUUGAACGUUCCUUCAGCGCAGCUGCGACAGCGCUCCGCUUUCACUCCUGCCACAAUGACCACAGGCUCCUCUCCCUCUCCUGUGCUGGGACAGGGGGAGAAGGUGGAGGGUCUUCAAGCUCAGGCUCUGUAUCCUUGGAGAGCCAAAAAGGACAACCACCUGAACUUCAACAAGAACGAGGUCAUCACGGUGCUGGAGCAGCAGGAUAUGUGGUGGCUUGGGGAACUCCAGAGUGGGCAGAGAGGCUGGUUCCCCAAAAGUUACGUGAAGCUUAUCUCCACUAACGUAGCACCUCCUGUGAGUGCUGUGGCAAGCAGCAAAACCACCAGUGAAUCUGCUAGAUCAGAGAGCCCACCCAGUGAGAAGCGCUCACCCUCCUCCCUAUCAAACCAUGCAGAGACUGGAGAAGAGUAUUUGGCCAUGUACACAUAUGAGAGCAGUGAGCAGGGGGACCUGAGUUUUCAGCAAGGAGACAUCGUCAUGGUGACCAGGAAGGAAGGCGAUUGGUGGACAGGUACGGUCGGGGGAAAGACUGGAGUUUUUCCAUCCAAUUACGUGAAGCCUCGUGACUCUGCGAUGGAGUCUCUGGGACUUGCAGGCAAGACCGGAAGUCUAGGGAAGAAGCCAGAGAUUGCUCAGGUGAUCGCCCCCUACACUGCAACAGGGCCAGAGCAGCUGACACUGGCUCCGGGACAGCUGAUCCUCAUUAGGAAGAAGAAUCCAGGGGGUUGGUGGGAGGGUGAGCUGCAGGCUCGAGGGAAAAAGAGACAGAUAGGCUGGUUUCCUGCCAAUUAUGUCAAGCUGCUGAGCCCCAGCACCAGCAAGACCACUCCCACUGAGCCAAAUGCCUCCAAACUGGCCCCUCCCACCACAGCCGUGUGUCAGGUGAUCGGCAUGUACGACUAUGUGGCGCAGAAUGACGAUGAACUAGCUUUCCUGAAGGGUCAGGUUAUCACCGUGCUCAACAAGGAAGACUGUGAUUGGUGGAAAGGAGAGCUCAACGGGAGAGAGGGCCUGUUUCCCAGCAACUAUGUCAAAUUGACCACAGACACUGACCCCAGCACACAGUGGUGUGCUGACCUUCACCUGCUGGACAUGCUGAGUCCCAUGGAGAGGAAGAGGCAGGGGUACAUCCACGAGCUGAUUGUCACAGAAGAGAAUUACGUCAACGAUCUGCAGCUUGUUACAGAGAUUUUCCAUAAACCUCUGCUGGACUGUGAGCUGCUGUCAGAGAAGGAGGUGGCCAUGAUUUUUGUCAACUGGAAGGAGCUCAUCAUGUGCAACAUCAAACUGCUCAAGGCUCUAAGGGUGAGAAAGAAGAUGUCGGGCGAUCGAAUGCCCGUGAAGAUGAUUGGAGACAUCCUGACCAAUCAGCUGCCUCACAUGCAGUCAUACAUCAGAUUCUGUUCAUGUCAGCUGAAUGGAGCCACUCUGAUCCAACAGAAGACUGACGACAGUCCUGACAUCAAAGACUUCCUCAAGAGGUUAGCCAUGGACCCCCGCUGUAAGGGAAUGCCUCUGUCUAGCUUCCUGCUCAAACCCAUGCAGAGAGUCACACGUUACCCUCUCAUCAUCAAAAACAUCUUAGAAAACACAUCAGAGGCCCAUCCGGACCACAGCCACCUGAAGACUGCUCUGGAGAAAGCAGAGGAACUAUGUUCACAGGUGAACGAGGGCGUCAGGGAGAAGGAGAACUCUGACCGUCUGGAGUGGAUUCAGGGUCAUGUUCAGUGUGAGGGUCUCUCAGAGCAACUGGUCUUCAACUCUGUCACCAACUGCCUCGGCCCACGCAAGUUCCUCCACAGUGGGAAACUGUUCAAGGCCAAGAGCAGCAAAGAGCUCUACGGCUUCCUGUUCAACGACUUCCUGUUGCUGACACAGGUAAUCAAACCUUUGGGCUCAUCAGGGUCAGACAAAGUCUUCUCCAAAACUCACCUGCAGUACCGCAUGUACAAGACACCAAUCUUCCUAAAUGAAGUUCUGGUGAAGCUGCCGACAGAUCCAUCAGGAGACGAGCCUCUGUUCCACAUCUCCCACAUUGACAGAGUUUACACUCUCAGAGCUGAGUCUAUCAAUGAGAGAACGGCCUGGGUUCAGAAGAUCAAGGCAGCUUCAGAGCUCUUCAUUGAGACAGAGAAGAAGAAGAGGGAGAAGGCGUAUCUAGUGCGGUCUCAGAGAGCUACAGGAAUUGGUAGACUGAUGGUCAACAUAGUGGAGGGGAUCGAGCUCAAACCCUGCCGCUCUCAUGGAAAGAGUAACCCAUACUGUGAGGUGACCAUGGGGUCACAGUGCCACAUUACAAAGACCUUACAGGACACACUGAACCCAAAGUGGAACUCCAACUGCCAGUUUUUCAUCAAGGACCUGGAGCAGGAUGUCCUGUGUGUCACUGUGUUUGAGCGGGACCAGUUCUCGCCCGACGACUUCCUGGGCAGGACAGAGAUCCGCUUGGCUGAGAUAAAGAAGGAUCAAGGCUCUAAAGGACCAAUCACAAAGAGGCUGCUGCUCCAUGAGGUUCCUACGGGGGAGAUUGUGGUCAGGCUGGACCUGCAGCUGUUUGAGGAACCGUGAACCAAACCGCGCAAGAUUUGACUGAUCUGUGAAAAUACUAGGAUACCGGACGAGGCAGUUAGACUGAACUAGAAUUGAAAGGAAGGCUGGACUGGUCUGGAUGCUCUUGUUUUUACAUUCAGUGGGUGUUUACUGGUGAUUGAAGCCCCCCCAUCCCAUGCUACGCAGUGGAUGUUCAGUUUUGAUUUUUAUAAAUAUUCAGAGUUUGACACGUGGGAGCACUAUCAAAUUUUAGAUUUCUUCAUUUUGUAUUUUUUAUAGUCUGUUUCUGUCUGGAUUUAAUCUGCUUUUUACAGAGGGGAUCACUCAAGGAAGCUCAUUUCCCAGCCAGAUUGAAAUGGAUUUAUUUGAUAUUUAGUCCUGAAAAAGGUUCCACUUGCUUUCCUCUGUUGGUGGUCGGCUCCAGAAGGGAUCUGAUGCUCAAACUUCUGCAAUCUGCGGAAGAAGCUGUUCUGUUGGUGCAGGCUCUUUCAGAUCUCCACAAACGAGCCAUUCCAGUCCGGUCCGGUCCAGCUCCCUACUACACGGCUCAGAGUUGAACAACAGACGUUUGUUAAUCUUUUCUCUCCCUCUCCUUGUGCGAAUGAGCUUUCCAACGCUGAAGUGGCGAUCCCCACCCUUCAUUUUGUACCCAAACUAAACCAGCCAUGUGUGCGCUGGUGCGUGUUUGGUUUUAAAAGUCGCUAGUUGAUGCUCAUCUGGGUCAAGUCGCAAGGAACAGUGCAUGAAGUCACUUUGGAAUUUGUAAAGAAUUUUAAAAUGUUCAGCUUUCAUGAGAAUGAUGAGGAGGAUGAUGGUGUUGGUUGAGGAGGAUGAGCUGAACAUGUAGGAUUUGAACAUGAAUUCCAGACAAACUUUGAAGCUCUUCUUUUUUCCCGGUGCAGAAAACAUAAAAACUUCUCAACUCUGCUGUUGUAACGACAGAAACCGUAAUCUGACGCAUAGACACAAAGUUUUCUCAUUUUUGGAAAUAUUCAUGUGACAUUUGAUAUAAAGUAUAUGUCACAAGAGCAAGUCAAACUGUAAUUUAUUCAUAGUUUUUUGGUAUUUUAUUUUACGGCCUCCUUUCCUGGCUCAAGUUCAUACAAAGCAUCCUAAAAAAAUACUUAACAUUUAGAAAAGACUGAAUUUAUUUAAAGGAACUUUGGUUGGUCAGAUUAAAGUUGAGAUAUGUUUACUUUAGCAUUUUCUAAACAUUUUAGCAUUUCUGUUUCAAAAGGGGUUUACUUUACUGUACCAUUUGUUCCAGGACCCCACCCUUCUUUCACUUCACUUCUACAUUUAGCAUUUAGCCUAUCCGUCAUCUGUUAACUACAGCCGGGAACAGUAACUGCAGAACUUAUUAGCACCUCUUCUUUAAUCAGGAGUGAGUCAUUGAAAGGCUGGAGGUAUAAGAUAUAAAAGUUAAAUUUAUUUUCGCAAGAUCCUGUGGUAAUCCCAACAGUGGAUCACCACAAAAACUAGUUAAAUGGUGGUAAAGAUCUGUUUUUUUUGGUGCCUUUACACUAACAUGCUUCACGGUUCUUAAUUAAAUCAUUUAUAUGAUCUUACAGGAUUUUAAAAGAAAAACUCAGGAGUUACUUUGUAAACUUUUGCCAUCCUGAGUAUUCAAAAUGGCGACUUGGUUAGCAAGACAACCACAAAGAAUGGAGAAGUUAACUCAACGAGCUAACAUACUUUGCUAAUUAGUCGAUCUAGUUAGUGCUUUUGUUUUAAUGCCAAGAGACAACAGUUACCUAAGUGACCAGCCACUGUUUGAUCAACAGGAACUGUGAAUGAAUGUUUCUGGGUCAAAACUGAAGAUGGUCAUUAAGCUUCCUGCCCCCAUGCCGUGCUGAAACUGAGACUAACCUAAGCCAGUUUGAGCCUGUUCCAGUGUCAGCUCCCCAGGAUGUGUAAAAUACUCUGGUUAUCCGAAUGGUAAUAUGUGAGCGUGGGAUAAGCACAGCCUGCUGCCUGUGAUUGCCGUAGAAGAGGAAGUAAGUUGUUGUCUUUCAAUGUUCAGAAUAAAAUUCAGGUGGACCAAG